AUGAGGAUCUGUUGUCUCCAUUCUUCUGACGAGGGCAUCGAGGCUGGCACCGAGGAUCCUGAAGAUGUCUGGCCCGAUCCCGGUCUGUUUACCGACCAACACUCGUUUGAAAACAAAUAUCUCGUCAAGGCCACGGCAAAGACCCAGAUUGACGAGCUGAUUGCAGAAGGAUACGACUUUUAUCUAAAUUUCCUCUGGGGUACCAAUGAUGAUGCUAUCGCCGGAGUUGAAGCGGUCAAAUACUUUGAAUCUUUUGGCCUUCCGUCGGCUGGUGUGCGGAGCGAGGAGCGACAACGCUCCAAGUUUGACUUCUUCGCUCAAGCUAAACGACUGGGCUCACUGCCUAUUCCAGGGACUACCAAGUUCCCGUUAUUUGUAAAACCGGCAUUUGACUAUGCGAGCAAGCUCAUUGAUGAGCAUUCUCUUUGCCAUAAUGAAGCAGAACUAGACGCUACUCUCAACCGCUUGAAUGAGAAGAUGCGUGGUGUACGGCUUCAUCGGGCACAUGCUCUAAAAGAAGAUCCGGAGCAAUAUGUCAAUGCCUGCGAAGUGGCGGGGCGACAUAGCACCGAUCUUGUCAUCCAGGAAUUCAUUGAUGGGGAGGACUAUUCGGUCGUUGUACUUGCUAUGGGUCAUGUCCCUGUUCCCCUCACUCCCUUGGUUGCCCAACACACGAAACAGCUUCCGGGAAAAGAACAGUAUUUGACAUACGAUAUCAAAUACGACACAGGGUCGGGGUAUGAACUGCUAUUGGAAGAGCAAAAUCCUGGAUUAUAUCGCGAGCUUCAAAGAGUCGCCGUCGAAGCCUUCAAAGAGACCCAAUCACAUACAAGCAACAUGGGGUGUGAGGUCGAUUUUCGCGUAAGAGGUGACGACCAAAAACCAUUCAUCAUCGAGGUGGAUCCAUUACCUAUUUGGUCUUUCCCACCAGGGUCGAGAUAUGAGGAUCUAGAUGUUCAGUAUGAUUUUCCUGGUGGCCACAGGGCCGCGCUCAACAUCUUCAUCACUAACUACUUCCUGAAACAUACCGGCAACCGUCUGAGUAGUUCGAGUCAAUCGUUUGAGGAUGAUGAUAUCUCAAAAUUGGAGAACUUUGAUCAUAUUUUUCCACAAGUCUCCCAUGGUGGCACGGUGCUAGAUCUCGCAUGUGGGAACGGUUCAAUUGGCCGUGCCCUCGUAUCCGCAGCGUCACGAGCAUCAUGGAUUACGGGUGUGGGCAGCUCGGAGAAGGGAUUGCAACUGUGCCGACAAGGUGGAUGGUACAACGAACUUAUUCUUGAAGGAAUAGUGCAACUUCUCGCUCGCUACCAUCAAAAAGUGGAUCACAUAUUCUGCCUCUCUAGUAUCGAUAUAUUGUCUGUGGAAGAACUGGACUUUGUCCUCGCAAGAUGUUUCCAGCUCGCGAAUUGCUCGAUCACGUUGAGAACUCGCCAGGUAGACAAGGCGGCCGGUAUCAAGUCAUUUAGGGAGCCACGCGGUUGGCAUCUAACCUAUAACCAGUCAACUACCACUGGGACCGAGAUGGACUUGACGGCCUUCCGAUUCGAACGACCAUAG